AUGGCUUCCGAAAUGUUUGGCCCCCAGCCGCCCUACGGCGCCCGCUUCAGCAUCAGCUCCUCCUCCUCCAGUCAGGCCUCGCCCUCGUCAAGUGAAUCCCCGCGGACCACCCCCAGCGUGAUAGACUUCCAGUACCUCCCGGACCCCAACUCAAUCGACGGCAUCGUCCCCAAGAUCGAGGAGCUCGACGACGACGACGACACGUCCAAGAUCUCGCCCCUCGCUGAAUCCGUGCCCUCUCCGGACCGCGCCGUCGUGAAACGGCCCCGAGGCAGGCCGCGGAAGCACCCCAUCGCACAGCCUGCCUCCGUCACCAAGCCGCCCAAGGGCCGCUCGAAAACGGGCUGUAUAACGUGCAGGCGCAGGAAGAAGAAGUGUGACGAGACCAAGCCAGCAUGCCUGCAUUGCCAGAAGAACAACGUCCACUGCGAGGGCUACCCGCCCAAGGAGUUCUGGAAGAGCGGAAGGCAGAGGUCGAUAGUUACCCGCAGACAUAGCUCCGUGUCCAUGAGCUUGCCCGUGCUCAUCGACGGAAUUGAGACCGACAUUGACCGGAAGUUCUUGGACCACUUCCACUUCAACGUCAGCCGGGUGCUCAGUCUGUUCGACGACGUUGGAGGCAACCCCUUCACCAAGAUCUUGAUCCCCAUGGCCAUCAGGCAUCGAGGCUUGAUGCACUCGCUACUCUGUCUUGCCGGCUCGCAUGUUUUAUUACGGGAGAAAAAACCCGAGUACGAGCACAGGCAGGCUUAUCAUUUCGAUAAUGCCAUUCGGAAUCUCCGAACAGACGAGAAUAUGCAACGGCGAUUUUCCGGUGAUGAAACCGCCGUUAUCGACGACCCGACGGUCGCACAGACCCUCAUCCUGUGUCUCAAGUCCGUUACCGCCGGAGAGACCGAUGGUUCCUAUCGCGCCCACAUGGAUGCCGCGAGACAUCUGAUUCAGAACCAAGAAUCGCCCAACAAAGAAUUCCAAGCUUUCCUGGUCGAGUUUUUCGUUUACCACGACGUAGCUAAUUCCGUAACCGCGACCGACCGGAGAAGCAUUCUCAUGAUGGACGACUUCCACCUGCCAGAGUACAUGAUUCAACCGGAGGCAGCAACACUUCUCGGUGUUGUGGACGGCCUGUUCCGCAUCAUCUCUAACAUCAGGAAAUUGCGCGACAAGAUCCGCGCCAAGAAAGUGCAAGGCGUCAACCCGCCGGUCGAUUACGAGAUCCUCAACGACGCCGUCGCCAUUGACCAGGAACUCCGCGAGUGGAAGUGCCAGCAGGAGGACGAGUACCGCUACUACACGUCGAUGCUGUACCAAGCCUGCACCUGGAUCUACCUGCACCGCACCAUCAAGCCCUCGCGGCCCGACCCGGCGCUGCACGAGGCCGUAGACCGCGGGCUCGAGUACCUAUCGAAGCUGCCGCCAACAUCAAACACGCAGAGCGUCCUGCUCAUGCCGCUAUUCCUGCUAGGCUGCGCGGCCUUUGAGCCGGCCCAGCGCAAGCCCAUCAGCGAGGGCCUCGACCAGCUGCAGGCCUACUCCAACCUGGGCAACAUCCCGUACGCGCGGGAAGUGGUGCACACGGUGUGGGACAUGAUGGACUCGGGCAACGAGGAGUCGUGGGACUGGGAGACCAUCAUCGUCAACAAGGGAUGGGACUUCCUGAUCACUUGA